AUGACUCCUGCGCAGGCUAUUCAAUCUUCAGCUGGACUUCUGAAUAUUUAUGAAAAGGGAGAAAUCAUCGACUACAAGGAUGGCGUUUGGUUCUGUGGCUCCAAACAAGCAAAGAAGCAUGUUGGAGACAUAUCCGCUGCUGGAACCACAAACUUUGGAUAUGACGAUGAACGAGGCGACUACAAUCUUGUCAUGGGUGAUCACCUAGGAUACCGUUACGAGGUGAUUGACGUGCUUGGUAAAGGAAGUUUCGGACAGGUAGUGAGGUGCAUCGACCACAAGCUUGGCACUCUCUGUGCUGUCAAGAUCAUUCGCAAUAAGAAGCGGUUCCAUCAGCAAGCUCUGGUUGAGGUCAACAUCUUGCAAAAGCUUAAGGAAUGGGAUCCUGAUGAGGCUAAUGCAACACUAACAAUCACAUCGUCCUUCUACUUCCGAAAUCAUCUUUGCAUCACAUCUCCCUCUCUCAGCAUCAACCUGUACGAAUUUAUCAGAGCCCACAACUUCUCUGGCUUUUCACUCCAGCUUAUCCGCUGUUUCGCACGCCAGAUACUCGCCUGUUUGUGCCUGCUACAAUCCAAGAGGAUCAUUCACUGCGAUCUCAAACCAGAAAAUAUACUUCUCUGCGAUCCUCGUCGAGCUGACGUCCGCGUCAUCGAUUUCGGCAGUUCUUGCAAAGCAGAUGAGAAGGUGUAUACGUACAUUCAAUCGCGUUUCUACCGUUCACCUGAGGUUAUUCUCGGAAGUGAUUAUGGUCUUGGAAUUGAUAUGUGGAGUUUCGGAUGUAUUCUUGCAGAGCUUUUCACCGGAUACCCCAUCUUCCCUGGAGAAAACGAGCAAGAGCAACUCGCGUGUAUCAUGGAAAUUUUCGGCCCACCUGCUCGCGACAUCAUCGAAAAGGCCUCACGAAGAAAACUAUUCUUCGACUCGUCACUCAAGCCCCGUGUCACAGUAUCAAGUAAAGGCAGGAGGAGGAGGCCCAGUAGCAAGACUCUCAGUGGUGCCAUCAAGUGCGAGGAUGAGGCUUUCUUGGACUUCCUCUCCCAAUGUCUUCGCUGGGAUCCCGAGAAACGUCUGCGCCCAGACCAGGCGGUCUCCCAUCCCUUUAUCACC